AUGCAGCUCACCACUAUUGCCACUAUUGUUGGGCUCGCUGCAGCUGUAGUUGCAGCACCCUCUUCCCAGAGCGCCAAGAACAUGGCGUCCUCUGACCCUAGUUCUCCGCCUGACUGGCUCCUCCAGGCCAAGCAAGAGAAGAGCUGGUCUUUGUGCUGUGUAUCUGGCUCCAGCCCACCGUAUGAAUGUGAAUAUAGCGCGGAUCCGGACGCCAAAUGCAGUGACAGUCUUUACCCUAUCUCCUGGACUUGCCAUUGGAAAGCAAGCUUUGACGAUAGCUCUUACGAUGACUUGGAAGGCAAAAUCGUAAGUGGUCCUCCCCAACCAUGGUCGGCGCAUUAG